GACGGCAAUAAUCGCGAAUAAACGUAUUUGUAUUUCGAGCGCACCAGCGGAGGGUGCACAGACGCGCGAUAAAAGGUCAGUUGAGCAGCAAUAUCGGCCCGAGAAAGGUUGCGCGGUUGAGAGCAUGCAGAGCCAGCUUUGUGAAAAAAAGUGCGACUGUCAAGCGCAUUACAACGACGAGGACUAUCUCUCUGGCCUGAUGAAGAUGGAGUGCCACCAGCAGCAGGAGCCCCGUCACCCUAACGUCCUCGGGGCACUGCGGCUCUGCUACUACCUGCUGGUCCUCUCCCUACUGGGCUACUCCCUCUGGCGGAUCCACGAGAUCGAGGUGGCCCUCGGCGCAAGCGAGAGGUACACCAACAUCACGAGGCUUCUCGAGCGCGACAAUUUGGCCCGGGAGCACCCCAGGCGCGCCAGGUCCGUGGAACACCCCUCGGCGACCAACGCCCUAGGAGGCCAAGAGGACAAGGAGGGCCCUCGCGACCGGUCCAAACUACCCCUGCACGACAAGAACAACAAGCCAAAGAACAAGGAGGACUUUGUGCAGCUGGUCAACGCCCUGUUCGACCGGAUCCAGCUGAUGCACAACGACACCGACAAGUCCCACUUUGACGGCAACGUCAAGGCCCUCUUCCAAGCUUGGCUCCCGGUCUUCGACACCCUGCUACCCCGGGAGGACGACAAUCGGGCCAAGAGAUCCCUCGCGAGCACCGAGGAGGACAAGAAGACGGGUCGCCUCGGCCGGAGGAUACUGGCGAGCUCAUCCUCCGAGUCCUCGGAGUCGUCGUCCAACGAGGACAAGCCGCGGCGUCGGGGCUACGGUGCCGAGCACGAGUACUCGAGGAUACAGAUCCGUCUGAAUUCGCCCGCCCAGCGAUCUUGGGACUCGUCCUCCUCUUCGUCGUCCGAGUCGGAGGAGGAGUCGAACGAGAGGAAGAAGAGCAAGUACUUUUACGUCAUGUCGGACAAUCGCGUGUCGGGCUGAGGUGUUUACUGACGCGUCACUGAUCGAUACGCCAUUCGUGCGCGACACCCCCGCCAAAUCAUUUUACAUACACAUACCUGUCUAUAUAUUACCCUUCGUUUCCGAUGUUAUUCAUAUAGUCUUUUUGUCCGGGAUAACGAAAAGUCAUUGUGUAACGAUUUGUGUCUGUGCAGGCUCGCGUGAGAGGUGCACCGAAACGCCACGUAACUUCCUCCAUUAGUCGGGCAGAAAAUCACGCGGACGCGUCGUCAAUGUUUAUGCCUCGUGACUAAAUUUAAGCGCUUCUCGCGUGUCCGAUCGAUGGAAGCUCGAUUGGUUUUCCUUUUUUCUUUUUUUUUUUCCUUUUUUUUUCCCCCCCUCGCCGGCAAUCGUACCGAACAAAUCAAAGUCCUUCGGGAAGGUUAAAUCGUGGCUCUGGGCGUGAAUAAUGGAGAGAAACUUUGACGGGGUGAGUGCUGGCCUUUUCAUUCUCAAUGUCCUCCCAUCUCCGCGCAGGUGGCAUUUUGUGUACCAUUUAAUAAAGCAUUGGCGUGAAAAACGCGUACCCAUCA